AUGGUGAUUGCACAAGACACGCGAGGCCAACAUCAGACUACAGCAAAGCACUUUGCUCAGACCAGUCACUGGACCAUACUGGCCACAGCCCGGCUGCUAUUUCAAUCCGGUCUUAUAACGGCCACAACACCUACCCAUACCCAGCAGGCCCAUGCUCUACGCGCCACGCAGAUCGAGGCAGCCCUGACAGGCAACGUUCCCGUCCACGCUUCACGCCUCAACAUCCCAUACCCGGGUUCCUGGGACACAGAGGAGCUAUCCCGCCCCUGGACACUUGAGCUUAACGUCACCCACAACGGCACUCCCGACAGGAAGACAGAAGUAAUCUUGGAAGUGCGUCCACCACCGGCGCCCGGACCAGGUGCCCUCUACGAUGAAGACGGCGAGUCCAACGUUCCCCGGGAGGUUUCAGGCACGUGGAAGGUCAUGUACCUCCUUCCGCAGCCCGUCGACCUGCGCCAAGUGCCCGGGGACAACGAUAUGGAGGAUGGGUCAUGCCCUACGAGCGUGCUGAGCGAACAGUGCGUACGAGAUAUGCGCGAGCUGAUCAGCAUUGACCCCAAGGACUUCGAGCGGACGUGGGAGAACUUCACGGUGCCUGAGAGCUGUGGGGGAUAUACAAAGCCAGAGAGAUAUUACACAUCCACGCCUAAGCUCAGGUUCAGCCUGGGUGGGCCGAACUCAUACAACACUUUCGGUCUUCGCACGUGGCCGCUCAUCUCUGUUUGGGGCAAGGACUGGAAGCCCGACAACGAUGGCCCAGUUCUGGUGCCUGCAGAGAACAUCCUAUUCUCAUGUGUGAAAGCUGCCGUCGCAAUGGAUAAUAGCACAUUACCUACAGGCGGUACUCUUGGCCUCCCCUAUGUCACGUCCACAUGGGCGCCUGGGCCGGCAACCCCUACGGCUGCGACGCCAACGCCUACCAGUGCUGGUAUGAAGCUGAAUCUCGGUCUUGCCUGGUCGAUUGGUAUUACAAGUGCAAUCCUGGGUCUUGCUGGUUCCAUCUAA